AUGUCUCAAGAAUUUCGAGACGAGGUAGAAGAGCGUGCAGUCAAACGCAAGCGCGAUGCGAACAAACGACGCGCCUCGCUAGCAUGCGAGACAUGUCGCAAACAAAAGGAAAAAUGCGAAGGCGGGCCACCUUGUUGGCGAUGCGAGCGACUAGGUCGACCUUGUCACUUUCAACCCCAGCCACCCUCGAAGAAAGCGAUGUCCACGUUACAAACAAAAGCCUGCAUGCCUCAAGAGCUGAAUGACAACGGAGAAAGUUUGGCGCAAAUUGCGGCCAAAUGUACAACCAAGAAUGGUGUGGAGGGCUCCUGGGAUGUGAACGAAUCUUUCGAUGUCCAGUUUGUGUCAAGUGACGUCGCAUUCUAUUCGGGAGAGUUUUCGCACUGGAAUUUUGCAGAGAGGUUGCGACGGUCUAUGAGCGAUCAACGUAAAUCAACCGAGCCUACAAUCAAAGAAUACUGGCGCCCUACCCAUCUUCAAUCAUCCAUCCGAGUCAUCGCCGAGGCAUUGAGUGAAUUGCCCCCAAGACCAAUCGCGGAAUUUCUUGUCAAUGUGUUCUUCAAGUAUGGAGAGGUCAAUAAUUUUUGGAUGCAGCGAGACUGGAUUGAGGAAAAAAUAAGUAUUUGCUACGACCCUGAUAGCGAAUACAUGACGAAUGAUAUUUCUUGGGUUUGUAGUUUAUUUGCUGUCCUAGCUAUAGGAACUCAGAUGGCGCACAUGGAAGAGGACAAGUCAGCACCUAGCCUGAAUGCCGUGGAUGAGACUCCCACUUGCUCUGAAGAUUCUGUCGGUCUUGUUCUCUAUCGCGUUGCCUGCAAGCUGAUCCCAGAUGUCAUUUUGGCCGCUUCACAGGAAAGUGCACAAGCUUUUUUACUUCUUGCCGCCUACGGAUUGCCUGUCUCAACCGGUGGUCUAUCGUAUACUUAUUUCGGCCUGGCUUUGAAAAUGGCAAUUCAAAAUGGGAUGCACCGGAAGUGCUCUGAUGUGGAAUGUGACAGUCGGACUAAUGAGUUCCGAAAUCGCUUAUUUUGGUCAAUCUAUACCCUGGAACGUCGAACUAGCAUCAUGCAUGGGCGGCCUGUUUCAAUCGCUCGGUCGGACAUUAGUGCAGACUUACCCAAAGCGCAUCCUGCGUUCAAAUCGCCUAACUUUUCCAACAUGAUGGCUUUCAUCAGUGUGGCUUUUUGGACCAGUGAAGUAGCGGAGACAUUAACUCUUUUGAAGAAAUGUCCAAAAAGAUUGAUGUCAGACUAUUCCGACCGUCUGAUGCGGUUGCGAAGUUCGAUCAAACAGUCGUGGGAUUCUCUUUCUACGAAUACUGAAUGCAAGGACUUGAAUCCGCGGGGGCAAUUAUUUCGACAAAAUUGCCAUCUGAAGAUGUGCUAUAUGCUCAUUUUCAUCUACAUGGGCCGUCCUUUUAUCUUCGAAUCAAAAGAAAGGGAACGGCACCCAGAAAUCGGAUCAUCCACCACUAAGUCUCGUUGGUCAGGCUUAGUAGAAGACUGUGUGGAAAGUGCACUGGAAAUUCUCGACGCUCUCCAAUUACUCUCUGAAAAUAUUGGCCUCUGUCGUGCUUCAUAUACUGAAUUUAGUUCCUGUCGUGCAGCUCUUCUCGUUAUUCUUGCUGAAAGCUUGAAUGUCGGAAAUUCACCAAAGCUGCAAGAAGGAUUAGAUCGUGGCAUGGUUCUCAUACGAAAAAUGAUAGGUGGGACGGCUUCAGAGUCAGAGAUCUCAUAUAUCGAGGCCAUUGAAGUAGCCAUUCGAAAUUUAUCAUCGAAGGAACACGAGAUUAAUACCAUGGGUGUUAACACGGAGCAGACUGCAUCAUCGGCUUAUGCCAGAUUCAAGGACUGGACCCAAUCCAUGAAGAAGGAUAGGGGUCCCGGUAGCCAUGUGGAGCUUUCCUCUUUCAGUCCUAAAUUCAAUAUUUCGCCAGGGAGUGACGAAAGCGUGUUCUACAAUGAGAUGCAUGACAUCACAGAUUUCUUUAAUCCCGACUGGUCAGUCGGCGAUGUGGUGCUCGAUCCGGAUGUCUUUGGUGGAACAUCUUAA